AUGGGUUCUACCAAUUCCGUUCCACGAGUCAGAAACGUGGGUCUCUUCUGGGAUCUGACUUCAUGUUCCUUUCCUCCGAAUACAUCCGAAGCUGAUGCCCGAGCGUGUUGCGUCCUGCUGAAGAAGGAAUUUGUUGCUGGAAAGAAUUGCAAGCUUUCCUACUUCGGUGUCGCUGUCGAUGGAGCAAGAGUCUCUGAAGCUCGGCUAUCUGAGACUGUCGUUACGGAAGAUGUGAACGAACUGAUGGUUUGCCAAGAAUACGAAGUCGUCGGCAAAAUCUCCGCAUCGGUCAUCAAUUGGUUGUCUGGGGACGGAAUUUCCGACGAUAGACCUGCCAUACCGCAGAAGAAAAACCCUCUGAUUGUCCUUCUCAGUGGGAACGAAAAUUUCAGAGCCCUUCUCAAUCGGAUCCGCUUCCGGUUGAAGGUAGAAGUGGUCAUCGUUCAUCCGGGUGCCGUAAUAACACCCGACCUUUCGCUUUUGGCUAUUCGAACUGUGCCAUAUGCUGUGGUUACAAUCCCUGCUCUGGAAGUUGAGAAGGCGGUUGAUGCUUUGACCCAGGAAUUCCGGUCGUGUGGUUGUCAGAUUGGGGUUGAAACCGUUGAUCCAGAUUCUGAGGCUUCUUUUUCCGACAUGGAAACAACGACGCCCGAAAUUAAACCCGGGAUGACGGCUAUUCCUGGGACGGACAGACUGUUGAAGCCGAAAACAGGCGAAGAUCUGAAUUCCUCUAAUCACUUGGAAAAUAAUGAGUCUGGACUAUCCUUGGACGGUACUUUUCUUUCAAACUCUUUAGAGCAGAGAAAAGAUCAUCGUGCAAAAGAAACAGAUUGUCCUGUCAAUGAAUGGAGCAAAUUGAAGAACAAUGUAUCUGAAGGUGACCUUCGUCAGUCAACAAAUCCAGCUGUUGAAGAUGAUUGGGGCCAAUCGACGGACCAUGUAUCUAGACAUGACGUACGUCCGAGGAGGAUGCCUAUUGCUCGCCCUGCCAAAUUAAAAUAUCCCAAUGCAAAUGCGAGAAACACAACGGUGCCAAAAAAGCCAUGGAUUCCGAAUCCAGGUGGGGAACCAGGUGGUUGGAAAUUCGCGCAGAAUCUUCCUCCAAAGCAUUGGGACGCCUCUUCGAGGGGUAGGAGAAAAAUCAUUGGGAGACCCGGUCCGUCUCCUCAAAAGCAUUUCAAUAAGACCUGGACGAGGAAUACUGAGUUCCAGGAAGAAACCCAUGCACCGGAAAACUCGAUUCCUCGAGAUAAAUCGACACAAUUCGAAGAAGAUCCUUUCAAACAAACCGAGAAGAAUUCCGUAGAGAAGAAACAGGAUGUUGCAGUGUUCCUAGAUCCCGGAGUGAAUCCUCCGGAUAAAGAGGAAUCAUCUCUCGUCAAAACCGGAAUUGUAAAAAGACCGCCUUUGUUGCCCAUUCCAGUCGUUGGGCCUGCUUCGGACCAGACUGUGCAGAAUGAGCCGGAAAAUCAUCUUGCUGAAGACGAAGUUUUCUACCGGAAUCCCGGAAACAGAGCUGUUCCGCCUAACCCAUGUAAAGAAGAUACUUUUCGUCAAUCGGUGCACAAUGCACCUGCCGAGAAUCGACCAAAUUCGGAAGAAGAGGAAUCAUCUGUCGUGAAAACCGGAACUGUAAAAAGAUCGCCUUUGUUGCCUGAUCCAGUUGUAGGGCCUGCUUCUGACGAGAUUGUGCUGAAUGAGACCGACGAUCAUCCUGCGGAAGGCGAAGUUUUCUACGGGAAUCCCGGAAACAAACCUGUUGAGGUGAAACCAUUCGCGCCUAACCCAUGUAAAGAAGAAACUUUUUGUCAAUCGGUGCAGAAUGUACCUGCCAAGUAUCCGAGAAAGCCCAGAACUCGGACACGGGGUGCGAACAAAUUCGAAGGAAACGUUGUUCCGCCCCCUCGAGAGUUUUACAACAAGUCCUGGAGGCACAUUUCGCCACAUGUAGGCACUAUUCCGGGAAAUUUGGUUCCUGACCAAGUGUCCACCAAGCCUUUCAAUGCUCUGACCGGAAAUGAGGGUCUGUCGCUCAAACCCACUGGAAAUGAGCCUGCUUACAAGAAAUAUGAUGCAGCAAUGAUGCCGCAAACGAAUCCUCGAGACUUGAUCCGUUUAAGCAUCCUUCCUAAGGGUUUCUGCAUAUCCAUGAGACGCGCUCAGAAGGAAUAUUCGGUGGCUUUGAAAUAUUUUGAAAGUUUGCCGGGGACCUGUGUCGAAUACGAACUCCCGGAAGACGAACUAGACGAUUUCCAAAUUCUAAAUGAAUGCGGUGCGGUUCUCCGAGCUGCGAAAAAAGAAAAUGUCGGAAGUUCGUUAUUCGUGGAGUUCGGAAAACCCAAAGAUGCGGAAAAGUUGAAGAAAUUACGCGGAAAUUCAAUCGUAAUUUCUCCUUCGGAACCUGGGAUUAAGAAGAAGUUUUCCUGGCGUGGAGUUGGUUCAGUCCGUCUUCUUUGGCCUUUGGAUAAUCCCAACGGGAGGGCCGUGGUGGAAUUUCCGAAUGGAGAAUCAGCGAAAUACGCCUUUGACAGUGUUUCCGGAGAAGAGUUCUUUGUUUCCGUGUGGAUCUCUGAAAUGCACCAGAAUUAUUUUCCAGUCCAGGUGUUACAGUCAGCCUUCGAUGUAGCAAAGCUGGAAGUCGUUGGAUUCCCGCCUCUGGUUCAUUCAUCGGCUAUUCUUGCUGCUUUUGAGGCCCGUGAUGUUGACAUGAAGGACGUCAAUAUUACAAUGGGAUGUAAGGGAAAGAACGCCGUAGACACAUUCGUGAAAGUGAAGAAGCAGUUGUUCUCUUAUAUUGGGAAGCUGGCAUUGAAACAAUAUUCCAUUCAAUUUGAUAAGCCUGCUGAAUCGGAGGGGAAUGGACGAGGAACUAUUCUGAUGGCGGAGCCUCUGGAAGUCUUACUGUGUGUGGAACACAUGAUGGCAGACCUUAAGAUUCCCAGAGUAUUGAUCGAUUGUGACUUCACUGUCGAAAUCCCCAUUUCGAAAAAACUAUAUAUGAACGCGAAAGCCUUUGAAGUACUGAACGCCAUUGUUCUCGAGAAGGGACAAGGUGAUGUUUCUUGGCUUAUCAGCGACAAUUCUGGAGUUUCCGAGUUCGUUAGCCUCCGUAUUGGAAGCAACUUAUUGGGGAAACUCAACAGAGUGGUCAAGGCUGUUGGAUCCUUAUUUUCCGGGGUCGUUGUGAAUAUCCCGGAAAAUGUUCAUCAGUGGAGGGAAAAUUAUCCCACAUUAUCGCUGAAAACGCACAAUUUUGACGUUUCUUCUGGUUUGAUUGGACUUAUGGCGUCGAAGUUGUUGAAGAAUGAAGAAAAUGAUGAGUUGGCGCAAGAGCUUUUUGCGCAGUUGGAACAAAUCGCGAAGAAUUCGGUAUCUCAUCAAGACGAUCGAGUCUGUGUCUUUUGCACCGAAGGAGAUGAAAAAUAUGUUCAACUCGAAUGCGGGCAUAAAUACUGCAGUCGGUGUUUUUUGACGCUCGCUUUUUGGUCUCCAAUGUUGCUGCGUUGCUUCGCGAAGGAUUGCAAGCAUCGAUUUACUUGCACCGAGUUGAAGCAAGGGCUGUUGCUCUUUUCCAUAUUGGAUCCGGAAGUGGGGAAAGUCUUUGAGGAAAAAAUCGUCAGAUUCCUGAACAUGAAAGUCAACAAAAAUUACGUGCUGUUUCCCUGUCCGACAUUCGGUUGCACUGGUUUGAUCGCUGGUGAGAAGGACCCGAAAGAAAUCCGCGUCAUUUGCGAGAAGUGCAGUGUGGAAGUGUGCUUGUUAUGUCGAUGUCAUUUUCACAUUGCCGAGUCCUGCGAGUUGCACCAGUUAUCAAUGAAUUCAUCCAAACAAAAUAUCAAGAAAUGGCUGCGAGACGGUUUCGGGAAACGAGGAGUUUGCAGAUUUUGCAGUAAUCCAGUGGAAUGGCGAGCAGGCCCCGAGACCCUGCCUGUUUAUUGUCUAAACUGCAGUCUGGUUCUGACUGACAAAGACGUAGAUUACACACUCGAGUAG